AUUGUUCUAUCUGUGUUGCUGUAUUCCAUUCCUUCCUGAAAGGGACCUGAGCAGAAAUUCAGGAGUUGUGCUUGUCACUGUGACAACAGUGCCGUGAGUGAGGUUGUCUGAAAUGAUUUAUUUGAUGUGGAGCAGUCUUCUUCGAUUGUUUUGUUAAAGGUCAGACAGGGUCGCGUUGAAAGCACCCUGAUUUGAAGUAACCUUACCAAAGGAGACUUCCUAAGGAAAAUCAAGAGUGGCCAAGAUUCUGAAGUGGGUGUCAAAGAACUGCCAGUCAAGAGUUGAUCUCACAAGCCAGAACAUUGUCUUAAAAAAAGUAUAGCCAGUGUGCAGUUAAAUGCAGCUCAACCUCUGUGUUUGCAAAUGGCUUGCUGUCUGAAGGAUGAGCUCCUGUGUUCCAUCUGCCUGAGUAUCUACCAGGACCCUGUCAGUUUUGGCUGUGAGCACUAUUUCUGCCGAAAGUGCAUCACUGAGCACUGGAGCAGACAGGAGCCCCACGGUGUACGAGACUGUCCUGAGUGCAGGAGGACCUUCGCAGACCCUCUUCUCUCCCCAAGCCUCAAGCUGUCCAACAUCGUGGAGCGCUACUCAGCCUUCCCGCUGGACGCCAUCCUCAACGCGCAGAGGAGCUCCUAUCCCUGCAAGGACCACGAGAAGGUCAAGCUUUUCUGCCUCAGCGACAAGAGCCUGGUGUGUUUCUUCUGUGACGAGCCAGCCUUACACGAGCAGCAUCAGGUCACCACUAUUGACGAGGCCUACGAGGAGAUACAGAGGGAGAUGAAGGAGCAGCUGGCCACUCUGCAGGACAGUGAGAAGGGACACACCGAGGCCUUGAAGCUACUGCAGAGACAACUCACUGAGACCAAGUCGUCGGCCAAGGGCCUGCGUGCGACCAUCGGCGAGGCAUUUGAACGCCUGCAGCGGUUCCUGCGAGAGCGCCAGAAGGCCAUGCUGGAGGAGCUGGAAACGGACACGGCGCGCACCCUCUCCGACAUCGAGCACAAGAUCCAGCGCUUCAGCCAGCAGCUGCGUGACGUCAAGGAGGGCAUCGGCAUCCUGCAGGAGCGCCUCAACGAGACGGGACGCCACGACUUCCUGGAGGGCGUGGCCCUCACCUCCGAGAGGUGCUCUGCUUACUGUCUGACUGACCUUGGAUCAGCUCUUCUUCCAAAAAGCCACAGUCCUAAACUUUUGAUAAAAGGAAAGAUACAUGAGACCAAUCUAACAUAUGAAGAUUUCCCGACCUCCAAGUACAUGGGGCCCCUGCAGUACACAAUAUGGAAGUCUCUCUUUCAGGAUAUUUCACCAGUGCCAGCAGCUUUGACCUUAGACCCCAUCACAGCCCACCAGAGACUCAUCCUAUCAGAUGACUGCACCAUCGUAGCCUAUGGUAACCUGCACCCCCAGCCCCUGCAGGACUCCCCGCGGCGCUUCGACGUGGAGGUGUCUGUGCUGGGGGCCGAGGGCUUCGGCUCCGGGGUGCACUACUGGGAGGUGAUGGUGUCAGAGAAGACCCAGUGGAUGAUCGGCGUGGCCAACGAGACGGUCAGCCGCAAGGGCAGCAUCCAGAUCCAGCCCAGCCGCGGCUUCUACUGCGUCGUCAUGCACGACGGCAACCAGUACAGCGCCUGCACCGAGCCCUGGACCCGUCUCAACGUCAAGAGCAAGCUGGAGAAGGUGGGCGUGUACCUGGACUACCCCAAGGGCCUGCUGGUGUUCUACAAUGCUGACGACAUGUCCUGGCUGUACACCUACAGGGAGAAGACUUUCCCGGCCAAGCUCUGCCCCUACUUCAGCCCCGGGCAGAGCCACGCCAAUGGCAAGAACGUCCAGCCGCUGAGAAUCAACACUGUGCGUCUAUAAGAGCCACACACAGGGUCACUCUACAGAUCGGCUCGCUCACCUCAACCCUCCCUGAGGAUAGGAUACCAACGAUGAUGACGUAACUAAGAUCCUAAAGACGGCUCGUUUUUUUAAAUGAUGAGAGAGGGGGGGGGGACAGGGUGUUUGACUAUGAAAUGUUUAAAAAAAUAUAUAUAGUUCUGGUGUUCUUUCCGGGUCUCUGUUUUUGUCUUGCCUGUCGGUGUGGCUCCUCACUGAUCUCACCAGGGAGGGACUAUGUGGACAUUGCUGCAGCAUCAUGGUUUCAACUGGAGCCCCGGUUAGCUUCUUCAGGGGUGGAAGGAUAGAGAGACCCCCCGCUCCCCCAAGCCCCUCUGUCUGCAUAGAUGACGUCAUCGCACCGUGGUUUCAUAGUGGGAUCUCUGUGCUGUGACUGAGGCCCACCUUGAACAGGCCCAUGGGCUCUGCUCUCCUUCCAAGGCUCCAGACUGACUGACAGACGGCUGCUCGGUCUGUAUCUCUCAGCAGCCAGACAUUUUGAAACCGGGGGCCACCUUUCUGUUAGGCUUGUUUGCGGAAUAUUUCUGACAACGCUCUGCUCCUUUUUUCUUUGGCACAGAUCGCAGUUGUGAGCGAAAGCCUAUCGGUGUAGCAGUGAGUGCUGUUCCAUGUCCUCCCCGGUGAACCUGUACACUUUACUGAUGGAAAUGAUGUCGCAUCUCUUGAUUCCUUUCCCUCAGGACACACGUCCAGUUUUCCACAGUCGACACUUUCGAGUCAGUCCAAGUGCUGGACGUGGCUGAAACUCGUCAUUUGACAACGGCAGCCUCGUGGUCUGUGUGCUCUAGUGAUGGUCACUCUGUGCGUGGUCACUGUUGUGGUGCUUGCUGUCCUCACCCUUCCCUCGUUUCCCUACACCUCUCUGUCUCGUUUGGGGUUCCUGGAGAGGUUGUGUGUGUGUGUGUGUGUGUGUGUGGCAUGAAAAUGUGUUUCGCUGUGCAAGUGGGGAACUCUCUUCCCCCCCACCGGGUGGUUUCUGUUGGGUUCUUCCAUUCCAGCAUGAGAGCUCUACUCUACCUGGCAUGUACCUAUGUUACAUAUUUGUUUGUACUUUUAUUUUUAGCAGGUUAGUCUCGUUUUGAGAUGAACAUUCUCUUUUGCAAGAGAGAUCUGGCCAAAAUAGCAGUACACAAAGUUGCAGACACGUUUACAAAAUAAAACAAAGCACUACAGUUGGAAAAAAAGUGUGGUGCAACUAGGGACCGCAACCCCCCCUCCUAAUUUGUCUGCUGGACAAUGUAGUUACAGAAGCGUACAUGUACAAAAAAUCGCCAUCAUUGAUUAUAGCCACGAAAAUAGCCUCUUCCUGACCUCAAAAGAAAAACCCAACUUAAGCCCAAGACAUUCGAUGUGGGGUUUUGAAAGUGAGACGCUCAUCUAUCUAGAAACCCAAGUUCUUGUAAGUUGCUACUCUGACUAUAUGUGGAAGAGGUGAUGUUUUUAUUUGUGAAAACCAUAACUUUGUCUUGUCAUUUAAAAUCAACUUCAGCUGACAGCUUAGUUAGGACAAUUGAUGACAUAACAUCAAACUGAACACACUGAGUUCUAUCUGAUAGUUAACCUUUGAAUCAUGAGACUGCCCGAUCAGAUGAUCCUAUCCAAGUCUUUGCAACGCGUCAUGAUCAACGCCGUCGAAUGCCUUUUUGACAGCUCGAUGAAAAGGGAGACGGUGCCGUUUCUCGCCCCGUGGCAUCAAUAAUAUCAUGAACAACUUUUGUUGCUGCAGUAGAAGAGCCAUGCUGUUUUCUGAAACCUCCAUUGGAACAUAGAUCAAACGUCAUUGACACACAAACCUGUGGAUUCCAUCUCCCUGCCUCAUCCCUCCCUCGACGUUGACAUUAUAGGUGUGAGAGGUUAAUCAGAAUAAAUGAAUCUUGACUUCUGCUCAAUUACAGUUAGCCUAUGGGGCAGAGACCACUGACAACUCGAGCAGCAUGACGCUGGAAUUAAUGAGCUCUGGAAGGUCUUUAAUCAUUCUCUCUUUCUACACCAAAUGCAACAAUUUCAUAUAUUUUUGUUCCGUGUAGUUUAAUAACAUUAAGGAUAUGAAAAUGGCCAAAGAAAGCGAUAUUACAGUACAUUAUUAUACUGCCUUGGACUGGACUGUUGGCAUCUUGUUGGCAAUGUUACAUUUAGUUCCAUAAGGCUGUUGCAGUGUAAACAUAACACACCAAUAUAUAUUCUCUGAGGCCCAGGUAUGUGUUGGCUUCUCUGCCCCAUAUGCACCAAGAGCUCUUGUUAUUUCCUGGUUUAAGAUGAGAGCUCUUGUCUCUUAACCAAGUCCAGCAUUGAGAGAGCCUAGAGCCAGGGGGCGGGCUGUCUGUAUGUUAGUGUGUGCUCAUGUUGCUGGGAUAUAUGCAGUUUCUUCAGAAAGUAUUCAUGCCCAUUGACAUAUUCCACAUUGUGUUAGUCUGAAUUUACUUUUUUUUUUUAAGUUUUCCCUCACGAUCUACACACACUACUCCAUAAUGACAAAGUGAAAACAUGUUUUUAGAAAUGUUUGCAAAUUUAAUGAAAAUGAAAUACAGAUAUCAUUUGCGUAAAUAUUUACACCUGAGUCAACUACAGUUGAAGUCGGAAGUUUACAUACACCUUAGCCAAAUACCUUUCAACUCAGUUUUUCACAAUUCCUGACAUUUAAUCCUAGUAGAGCUGGUAUAACUAGGUUAGUAGAUCUCCUUGCUCGCACAUGCUUUUUCAGUUCUGCCCACAAAUGUUCUAUAGGAUUGAGGUCAGGACUUUGUGAUGGCCACUCCAAUACCUUGACUUUGUUAUCCUUAAGCUAUUUUGCCACAACUUUGGAAGUAUGCUUGGGGUCAAUGUCCAUUUCCGACCAAGCUUUAACUUCGUGACUGAUGUCUUGAGAUGUUGCUUCAAUAUAUCCAUGUAAUUUUCCUGCCUCAUGAUGCCAUCUAUUUUGUGAAUUGCACCAGUCCCACCUACAGCAAAGCACCCCCACAACAUGAUGCUGAUGCCCCCGUGCUUCACGGUCGGGAUGGUGUUCUUCGGCUUGCAAGCCUCCCCCUUUUUCCUCCAAACAUAACGGUGGUCAUUAUGGCCAAACAGUUAUAUUUUUGUUUCAUCAGACCAGAGGACAUUUAUCCAAAAAGUACGAUCUUUGUCCCCAUAUGCAGUUGCAAACCAUAGUCUUGCUUUUUAUGGCAGUUUUGGAGCAGUGACUUUUUCCUUGCUGAGUGGCCUUUCAGGUAUAGGACUCGUUUUACUGUGAAUAUAGAUACUUUUGUACCUGUUUCCUCCAGCACCUUCACAAUGUCCUUUGCUGUUGUUCUGGGAUUGAUUUGCACUUUUCGCACCAAAGUAUGUUCAUCUCUAGGAGACAUCUCCUUCCUGAGCGGUAUGAUGCCUGAGUGGUCAGAAGCUUCUAAAGCCAUGACAUAAUUUUCUGGAAUUUUCCUAUCUGUUUUAAAGGCAGUCAAUUCAGUGUAUGUAAACUUCUGACCCACUGGAAUUGUGAUACAGUGAAAUAAUCUGUCUGUAAACAAUUGUUGGAAAAAUUACUUGUCAUGCACAAAUUAGAUGUCCUAACCGACUUUCCAAAACUAUAGUUUGUUAACAAGAAAUUUGUGGAGUGGUUGAUAAACGAUUUUUAAUGACUCUAACCUAAGUGUAUGUAAACUUCUGACUUCAACUGUAUGUAGAAGCACCUUUGGCUGCGACCUUUUUAGGUAAGUCCAUAAGAGCUUUCCACCCCUAGAUUGUGCAACAUUUUCCCAUUUUAUUAUUUUAAAAAGUAUUCAAGCUCUGUCAAAUUGGUUGUUGAUCAUUGCUAGACAAUCAUUUUCAGGUCUUGACAUCGAUUUUCAAGUAGAUUUAAGUCAAAACUGUAACUCGGCACAUUCACUGUCUUCUUGGUAAGCAACUCCAUUUGGCCUUGUGUUUUAAGUUAUUGCCCUGCUGAAAAGUGAAGUAAUCGCCCAGUGUCUGGUGGAAAGCAGAUUUGAGACAGGUUUUCCUCAAGGAUUUUGCCUGUACUUGGCUCCAUUCCAUAGAUUUUUUUAUCCUGAAAACCUCCUCAGUCCUUAACGAUUACAAGCAUACCCAUAACAUGAGGCAGCCACCACCUAUUUAAAAUUACGGCCUACCCUGGACGACCAAAUCACGACCGGAUAUGAUACAGCCUGUAUUCAUUGCAAAAAUGUUAUUGCUUUACCACAUUUUUUGCAGUAUUACUUUAGUGCCUUGUUGCAAACAGGAAGCUAGUUUUUGAAUAUUUUUUUAUUCUUUACAGACUUCCCUCUUUUCACUCAGUCAAUUAUGUUAGUAUUGUGAAGUAAUUGUUGUUUAUCCAUCCUCAGUUUUCUCCUAUCACGGCCAUUACACUCUGUAAUUGUUUUCCUCUCCGGCAGCGGAGUUAGGAAGGACGCCUGUAUCUUUGUAGUGACUGGGUGUUUUUAUACACCAUUCAAAGUGAAUUAAUAACUCCACCAUGCUUAAAGGGAUAUUCAGUGUCUUUUUUUUUUUUUUUUUACCCAUCUAACAAUGGGUGCGAGCUAUUCUUUGCGAGGCAAUGGAAAACCUCCCUGGUCUUUAUGGGUGAAACUGUCUGAAAUUCACUGCUCGACUGAAGGACCUUACAGAUAAUUGAAUGUGUGGGUUACAGAGAUGAGGUAGUCAUAAAAAAAACACUUAUUGCACACAGUGACUGUGACUUGUGAAGCCAAUUUCUAUUCCUGAACUUAUUUAGGCUUACCAUAACAAAGCGGUUGAAUACUUAUUGACUCAAGACAUUUCAGCUUUUCAGUUGUAAUUAAUUUGGAGAAAUGUCUCAAAACAUAAUUUCACUUUGAUAUUGUGGGUAGGCCAGUGACACAAAAACGUCUCAAUUUAAUACAUUUUUAAAUUCAGGCGCUGUAACAUUUGGGAAAAAGUCAAGGGGUGUGAAUACUUUUCUGAAGGCACUGUAUGUUCUGGCCUCUUGUCUGUGAGGUGCAGUGAUAAAAGAUCCCCCUAUAUCCCUGCUCUUGCAUCCGUGUGUCUGUGUGUGUCUUGUCUGUGUUUUCCACUUUAAAGAACUGGGGCAGUGCCCUGCUUUGUUGGAUGCGUUGUUGGUGUGUUCUGAUGACUAUGUGCAGUAUGAUGCAGAUCCCUGUGGGGUCUAAUAAAAGCAAGACUGCUGUCCGGUGAUAUGGAUAAGAAGUAGAAAGAUGAUUAUUGUGGGGUGGUGGUGGGUAACUGGUAUUGGUGGUGGUGAUGAUUUAUAAUACCACUUUUAAUGAUUGUGUCGGGAUGUUGGUGGCUGUGCAACCAUCAUUGUGCGAACCCACACUGGUGUGCUUGUUACCCGUGGUUCCUGAGAAAUGUUUUAAUGUACAAUUAAAGAGUGGCAAAAAAACAA